AAGAGCUGCGGACACUCACUGGCUUCAGGUUCUUUUUUCUUCUCUGAGACGAAAACAGCUACUCAAAGCCAAGAUGAGACUCUACCUUGCAGUUGCCCUGUUGAUGGUGGCUCUCGUAGCAUUCACAGAGGCUCAGGAAGCGGGCAUCGAGGAGAAGUUCACCAAGUUCGGUGAGCAGAUGUCUGAGUUUGGGAGGAACUUCGCAGAGAAAGCCAAGGAUACCUUUCAGAAUAUUGGAAAUUCCGAGUUUGGCGAGACCACCAGGAACUGGUUUACGGAGCAGUUUGAGAAAAUAAAGUCCAGUGUGUCUAAGUAGGAGUAACAGGAACGAGGGUGUUCCCAGAUUGCAUUCUACCCUUCACCCAAAGCACCCUAUCUGCUUGCUGACCUCGUCUGUCAUCAUAACAUCGAAAGGCUGAUACGUGCAUGACAUUGCUCUGCACAUUUAUGAGCCCAACAAGUUAAAUUGCUUCUUCAUAAAGUGUUAUUUUCUCUUCAAUAUCUGAAAAUGUCAAAUGUAAAGUGAAAUAAUGCCAUCAAAAUGUUUUUGAUAUAAAUUCUCUGUAAACAUAGAAUUUUUUUCAUGCAAAUAAAAGAAGAAGUCAUGUACAAAAUGAAUGAAUCAUAAGAAGUUAAAUGUGUUUGCCAUACACUUUUCACUGAACAGGUUACCAGUCCAAAAUGAACUCAAUAAAGACAAUAUAGGUA